AUGCCUUUCCUAUUUCCAGCAAAGGGGAGUUCUUCUCAGAGUCGCAACUUCAGCACUCGGCUCCUCUCCACAAGCAUCCUCACAUCCGCACUGUUCUUCAAUCUCUCCUCGGCCCAGAACAACGGUAACCCCAGCACUUCCCCCCGCCAGAUGACCGAAUCCUUCGUCGAACAAACCACCGGCCUGAAAAUGGAGCGCUUCUUCGACGCUAGCACCUCCUUUGGCUUCUCCAUGGCCCUCCCCACCACGCCCCUGACCCCCGAAACAGCCGGCUCCUUCAUCGGCCAACUCGACUUCCCGCUCGUCGACGGCCAAGGCUGGGGCGCCAUGGGCCUCACAGGCGACGACGACGGCAACCUCCUCCUCGCCGUCUGGAACGACGGCAAAGACGGCGUCGCAGCAUCAUUUCGCCAGUCAACCAACGAUGACAAUCCUCCCGCCGUCUCCGGCACCUUCGCCGUCCGCCCCCUUCCCGACGGCAUCGUCGCGAAUGCAACAGCACUCAGCUACACCUUCCUCUGCGAAAAUUGCCUCAACUCCACGCUCGGCUUCCGCCAGGACCCCGCGACGGGCAACGCGGUGAUGGGCUGGGCAUUCUCGCCCAAGGCGCCGCAGGGAGAUCGAGCGGACCCCGGCGCUGCGGUGUUGAACUUCGAUGAUAGAUUUUUUGGGCCGUUCACGGCGAGGUUGGGAGAGGCGAGGAACGAGAAGUUUGAGGAUGUUGCGAAGACGGCGGGGGAGGCGGUGGCACCGCCGGCGAAUGCGGUGCCUGCGCUUGCUGGAGUGGCGGAGUUUGAUGUUGAGAAUGAGGUGGAGGAGGUGAGGGACGGGGAUGUUACUGAUGAUGAGGAUGAUGAUUGA